AUGGCGGCGGAACUCACCUCGACGAAGCUCAACGCGGAGAAUCACCUACUUUUGGAUCAACCUCUCCUUCGAUUACCCCAUGAACUCGCCCGAAGAAAUUUCAAAUCCGUCCAGCGUCUUGUCGAACGAGAAAAAGAAUAUGUCCUCCCCGCACUCAAAGAGGCCGCCAAAGCCUCCAUGUCCGACACCCAAACACCUGAUCAGACACUCGCCGCCCUCGAAGCCAUGAUAGCCCGCAUGCAGGGCUUGAAGCGUAAAAUGGAAAGCUUGCAGCAGGAAGAGAAGAACAUCCAUGAUCAAUCCAGAAAGCGCAUUCAGCAUCUGGAAUGUCUUCACCAGAUUCCCAACUUGGCUGACGUCAAGUAUGACCAGUGGUCGAGGGUGCGGCUCGAUAGGCUCGUAGUCGAUCAUAUGUUACGCUUGGGGUAUACUGAGAGUGCUCAGCAAUUGGCUCGGGACAAGGACAUUGAGGAUCUUGUUGAUCUCAAUGUCUUCGUGCAGUGUCAGCGGGUUGCCGAGAGUCUCCGCCGCGGAGAGACCAAAGAUGCUCUACAGUGGUGCAGUGAGAAUAAAGCUGCGUUGAAGAAAAGUCAGUACAAUCUAGAGUUUGAACUGCGACUGCAACAAUACAUCGAGAUGAUCCGAACAGGAGAGAAAGCAAAAGUGGCCGAAGCAAUGGUACACGCCAAAAAGUAUCUCGCUCCGUAUAUAGAGACACAGUCGGCGGAAAUUCAUCGGGCUGCUGGAUUGCUCGCUUUUCCCCGGGAUACCAAGGCAGAACCUUACAGGUCCAUGUAUUGCUCCGGCCGUUGGACAUACCUUUCAGACCUAUUCGUCCGCACGCACCACGAGCUUCUCUCAUUGCCCUCUCGCCCAUUGUUACAUAUUGCCUUAUCGGCGGGACUUUCCGCUCUCAAGACACCAUCAUGCCACUCUGCUUAUACCUCCUCAAGCUCUAACUCUCUGUCCACUACAACAUCCGUGUGCCCUAUCUGCUCCACGGAGUUGAAUGAGCUUGCUCGCAACAUGCCAUAUGCUCACCAUACUAAGAGUUCUGUCGAAAAUGACCCAAUCGUCUUGCCUAAUGGCAGGAUAUACGGCCUGCAGCGGCUGCUCGAGAUGAGCAAGAAGGUGGGCUCACUCGAGGCCGGCAAGGUCAAAGACCCUACCACUGGAGAGAUUUUCGAUGAGAGUGACCUUAAGAAAGUUUAUAUCAUGUAA